GCAAUAUUCUGUGUCUCAAUAGUGAAAAACCUCCCACAAUUAUCCUAUUUAAGUAUAAAAGAAUGUGACGACUUGGUUGACAUCAUUGAAGAGAGUGAUGGGGAUCAUUUGCAUCAACUUGGUUUCCCAGAAUUAAAGGAAAUUAACAUCAAGUGUUGUAAUAGCUUGAAAUUCCUCUUCUCUAUCUCAACAUGUGGGCUGUUUCCAAAGUUGAAGGUUUUGAAAAUAGAAGAAGCCUCAGAGCUUGAGCAAAUAUUUAUAUGCAAACAAGCUAAUAUGCAGAAGAUGGCAAAAAGGGGAGAAGUAUUUCCAAAACUGUCAAAGGUAACAUUUGGAAAACUCCCAAAGCUUAUUUCUAUUUGUGAGGGGAUUGAUUUUAAGGAUCUGCAAUGUGAAGUGAAAGAUUGCCCAAAAUAUCAAGAAACUAAUCAAAUUCAAGAAGAGCCUAAAAGUGGGGAUUCAGAAAAUCAAGCAACAGCAAGUGUUUCGCAAGAAUUUGCAGAGAUCACAGAGGAAACAUUACUUGAAAUUCAAGUUAAAGACCCUACUCUAGCUUUAGAGAAAAAAGCAUCAGGAACUUUAGCAACAAAAUCACAACUGAGAGGGACAUCUUUACAUGAGUUGGAGGAUGAACACAAAACAGGUGAAUCGACUAUGCAGCUCCAACAAGAGGAUCUUGCAGAAACAAAAGCCACUAAAGCUUCUCAGAAAACCAAUGUACCAUUUGAUGAUAAUAGUAUUGAUAUCAUAUCAAAAGAAAGAGUUGAAGGUGGUCCCAACUCAGAGGAUGUAGUGGCAGCAACUAUGGUAGCUGAUUUAGCACCAAGAAACUCAUCAGAAGCAUUAAUCAUUCCUCACCAAAAAGAGUUCCCAUUGGAUUUGAAGCCAUCACAAUCAAGAAGUGAAAUAAGCAUGAAACGCCAGGAGGAGUUAGCAGAUAGGAUGAUUAUUGGUGUUAUUUCCUCAGUUGUUUCACAAGUCAGACACUUGCAAUUUGGUCCAUCUAAAUUGGUUGCCAGCACAGAAGAAACACAUGAGCAAGGCUCUCAAGAGGAUGAUGCGGCAGAGGAAGUUCCAAUAAUAGUUCAAUCAACUGAUUCAGAUUCAAGGAAGCAAACUAGAGUAUCACCCAUUUCUGCACAAAUUACUCAGAGUAUCAAAGAUACAACAGAACGAGGUCUUGAAAAGAAUUAUGUAGAAGAUGAUGUCGUGGCAGCAGUUGGAUCAACUAAUUCAGAUUCAGGGAAGCAGUCUACAGGACCAAUUGAUGACCUCUCUGGAAAACAUUCUGCACUAAGUGCUAAGGAAAAAGAAAAAGGAAUUGAUGAAAAAGCUACUGCUACAGACACAUCACAAAUGGCAACUCCAUUCAUUAGAGCUCUAACUGUUAAAGAAGCAGGAGAUCACUCAAAUGUUCAAGAGGAAGCAAUCAUUCACCAGGCCAUUCCUUCUCUCCAUCAUCAAUCACAAAUUGCUUAUGCCAGCACUUCGUCUCCUAAACUGGGAAUUUGUGAAAUUUUCAAACUUGUGGACCUGAAACAAGGAGAAACGGCUUUACUUGCUGAAGCACUAGAGCGUUAUCCCCAACUAUUGCUGCCUCGCGAACAUCGAACCCAUCGCAUAAUAGCUUUGUCCUACCGCGUGCUGGUUGAUAUUCUUGUCAUGCUUGCCACCAAGACUCCUUGUACCAUUUCCACAUCAGAAAAAUCAACCUUGGAGGCUAACUUAAGUGAAGCAAUUGUUCUUGGGUUCGACAAAGACUGGGUUGAAUCAGUUCGUGCCAAAGUUUUUGGGGUUGACAUGUCUGAUAUCUCAGCAGCAAAAGCGAAAAUUCAAGCCAUGGAGGUAAAACUUGGAGAAAUUGAUUCUCAGUUGUCGGGUCUCUCCGAACAUCGCAAGAAACUGAUUCAGAACAUGACCAUGUUCAGUGACAUAGUAAAUGCCAAGGAUAAACCCUUUGGCAUUUAGGUGUGUUUUUACCUUUCAUUAGCUUUCGAUUCCAGUAAGACUCAAGAAGCGAGUACCAUGAUGACUACGAUCGACAUAUAUACACACACAAGACACCCCAAUAUUAUUAACCACUCUCACGUAUUCAUAAAUUAGACCUUAUUUUUCAUGGAUGAUCUGCAACUGAUAUAUUUGUAGAAAGUUCACUUUCAAGAAAAGAUUUCUGCAGUGAUAUAUAUUUGAUGGAUGCAUAUUUUGUCGCAAUUUUGAUUUUUCAAUCGGAAAUUUUGAUUCUUAUUA